AUGCGUACGUUCAAGAGUGAAGCGAGUGGCGUGUCGGGAGGCGAGUUGUUGUCUGUGCUGAUCCGGCCGGACGGCAGCCAGACGAAGUUGGACAAUUGUUUGGCACAGGUGGUUACGAUACGCACGGGCGGUGGUGGUGAGGUGACGGCUUUGGUGUUGGCGCCUAAGAAGGCGUUUCAGGUGGGGCUGGGGUCUGUCGGCGAGCGAAUGUCGCCGACGGAGACGACGACGAUGGUGGAGGGCGAGAACUACGACUGGUUCGAGCAGUGGGACCGGAUGAUGGUGUGGCGUCCGAAGGAGGGGCCUCCGAGCGAUGAUCGGGCGGAGGCGGCGCUUCUGACCGCGCUGCGGCGUCAGCUGCAGCGCAGGGGACCGCGGAACAAGCCCGAGGCGGUUGACGCGUUGUGUCGCGAUGUCUUUGGGGAACACCUGCGCGACCUGCGCGACCUGCACGCCAUCCUGGACGGGAAUGGUGAGAUGCAGGAGGAGAUGGACGAUGUCACCGUGGCAGUAGCGCGGCCGAUAGACCCGUCGGAGAUGGCGGAGCUCUCGGCCCGGGUUCCCAAGGACUGGAUGCCGGUGCUGGAAAGGUCGGCCGGGGGGAAGACUGCAGAGUGGACGACUGCGGGUUGGACCGGCGGCGGAAACCUGGAGGCUGCACAGGCGAGGGCCGAACGCAAAACGAAGCGUCGUUGGUGCUUGGCCAUGGGCGCCGCGGGGGUAGGCGCUACUGUCAUAUUUCUCGGGAACCUCCUUUUGCGACCCUCGAAGUUGGCGCAGAUGGGGGCGACAGAAGAACACCCCGCGUUGCCGGGGAUGCCCGCAGAGUUGAGAGACAAGAGGGCCCUCUGGACGGUCGGCAACCCCCCCCCGGUGACGAUCUGCAGCAGCGGCCUCCUGCUCUGCGGUGAUCAGUGCGGCGACUCGCCUGCCGGCAUCUUGCCAAUCGCCUUCGGCGAACCCUGGCCCGUCACUUUCCCGCUGGCCUGGAACGUGGCUCGGGCUACAGGCAAACAGUGCCGUAUCAACUGCAACACGGACCAGGAAACAGAGACAGCUUUACACACACGACUCAUAUCACACUUCCCGCUACAAACUUCUUUCAACGCGACCAUGUCGCACGAGCAGCACGGCGUAGAGAUUUUCAAGGCACUGAGUAAUCACCGCUGCUUCGGUCGAAACAUGUCGUGGCAAAAGGCAAGCAACGACAGCGCCGACUGCGGCGUCUGCGAUGUGGCCUUCGCCACCUGCCAAGUGGUUGCUAAAAAGAUCCAGAAAGGUCACGACGCCACACUUGUCGACUUUGAAGCGCCCAUGACCAGGAUUACCGGUGCCUUCGCUGACUACCCAGAAGACGUCUACGAGGUCAGUCAUUGUAGUUACGACUGUUGGAAUUUGAGUCCAGAAGCCAGACAGAUCGCAGAAGCUAACAAAGUCGCAGCAGCCGACCACCAGAAGUCGCUUAUGGCGACAACCACCGAGCGGACCACUGCCCACAAGCGUUCCCGUGCCCCCAAGCGCAAGCGUGCCCGUGCCCGCAAGCGUACCACCCCAGCCUCCCGCACUAAGUCACCAGAAUUUAACCACAUACUUCUGGGUUCUGGUCGAGUGAUCUUCUGA